AUGGCAGCGAGGUGCAAGCCCGUCAUCUCCCCCAGUGGGCCCCACAUCGUGGUCCCCAAGAGGGGCCGGCUGGAGCUUCGUUGCCAUGACAACGCCACCGCGUCCGGGCUGAGGUGGCAGCGGGACAAAGCUCGCCGACUGGAGGGGGAGGCGGAGGAAGGGGGCGUGGCCGUGGUCAAGGUGGCUGCCGUGCAGCCCUACCACAUGGGCCGCUACGUGUGCGUCAACAACAGCACGCGGGAGAGCAGUUCCAUCUACGUCUACGUCAAAGACCCCGCCCACGCCUUCCAGCGCACCAUGGUCAGCGUCAUCCUGUACUGGACCCAGCGCGAGGAAGGCGUUACCGUCGGCAACGCCCAGAAGGACUUUGAGGGAUGCUACGUCUGUGUGGGCCGCAGAGGUGACCUCAACCUGACCUCUGGACACUACACUCUGGACGUGCGGCAAGUUCCAGAGGAGCUCCCGGUCCUCACCUUGUCCCAGAGGGGCAAGGUCAUCUUGCGGAAAGGAGAGAAGUUGGAGCUGACUUGCAGCUCCGCCAACGUCAACCCGGACUUUAAGGUCAGGUGGGACUACCCUUCCACCGCGCACCCAGAGGAGUCCCACAGCUCACACAUCCUGUCCGGUUCUCACGGUUACCACCGGGCCUCCCGGCUCUUCACCGCCUGGGUGGAGGGGCCGGACUCGGGGACGUACCGCUGCUCCGCCCACAACGAGAAAGGCGGCAGCUCGGCGGUGCUCCAGCUGGACGUGUAUGAUAAAGGGUUCAUCACCAUGUUGGGUCUCCCAAGUCCUGCACGGGCUGAUGUUCAAGAGGGCGAGAGUCUGAGUCUCCGAGUGGAGUUCGAUGCCUAUCCUGCUCCGAGAUCCUUGUUCUGGUCUCACAAGAACCAACGACUGCUCAACACCAGCGAGCAUGUCAUCACCGUCCACCAACACACAUACAGGUUCGUCAGCGAGCUGAGACUGGUGAGGGUUCUCGGCUCAGAAGGGGGCGUCUACAAGUUCUUCGCCAGUCAUGAAGACGCAUCUGUGGAACACUUCUUCCAAGUGUAUGUCAACAGUAAGCCAGUCAUCAUCGCCCAGGAAGGACCAGUGGACGGUCAGGUGAAGUGUGUGGCUGCUGGUCAUCCAGUUCCUAAGAUCAGCUGGUACCUCUGUGACCUCCCUCACACCAGGUACUACACGG